CACACACACACACACACACACACACCCACACUCACGCACACUCUCUCACAAAAACACACACACCGGUGUUGGGAAGAUCAGAUCGUUUUACUGACUCUCUCGUUCAGUCUCAUUCAGCUCAUUCAUCAUUCCUGAUGCUCAAACGGCAGAUCUUGAUUCUACCAACAUCAAGGUCAUGGGUUUGAUUCCUUCAAUGCAAUGUGGGUCCAAAGCCAUGACAUCAGAGGAGGAGGGGCCUGCUGUGGUGGAGGCGGAGACACAAAUGGACCUGUGUGCCUCUCCUGGCUGGGAUGGGCUUGUUGAAGAAGAGGCGGAGCCUGCUGAGCAGGAGGAGGCGGGGCCAGCGGAGCAGGUGCAGGUGGCUGAUGAUGUCAGCAGUGAGUUUAGCGCUCUGGUUGUCCCGUACCCAGAACUGGCGCCCAUCGUCUUCUUCUGCCUCAAACAGACCACAUGUCCUCGCAGCUGCUGCAUCCGCAUGGUGUCCAGCCCGUGGUUCGAGCGAGUCAGUAUGAUGGUGAUCCUGCUGAACUGUGUGACGCUGGGGAUGUACCAGCCCUGCGAGAACAUCGACUGCUCCUCCGAACGCUGCCAGAUCCUGCAGGCCUUCGACGCCUUCAUCUACAUCUUCUUUGCGCUGGAGAUGGUGGUGAAGAUGGUGGCGCUGGGGAUCUUCGGCCGGCGCUGUUAUCUGGGAGACACCUGGAACAGACUGGACUUCUUCAUCGUGAUGGCCGGGGUGGUGGAGUAUUCACUGGACCUGCAAAACAUCAACCUGACAGCCAUCCGGACGGUGAGAGUCCUGCGGCCGCUCAAAGCCAUCAACAGAGUCCCCAGCAUGAGGAUCCUGGUCAGUCUGCUGCUGGACACGCUGCCGAUGUUGGGGAACGUGCUGCUGCUGUGCUUCUUCGUCUUCUUCAUCUUCGGCAUCAUCGGUGUGCAGCUCUGGGCCGGACUUCUGCGAAACCGCUGCUAUCCGGAGGAGAACUUCACCCUAUCAACAGGUGUGGCACUUCCUGCUCCGUACUACUCUCCUGAUGAGGAGGACGAGAGGCCCUUCAUCUGCUCUUUGCCGCAGGAUAACGGCAUCAUGUCGUGCGGUGACGUGCCGGCGCGGCGUGUGGCGGGACACCAGUGCUGUCUGGACGUGGAUGAUGUCCUGCACCAUCAGGCACUGGGCCUCGUGACCGAGCCCUUUCUCAACGCCAGCGCCGUCGUCCCCGGGCUCUGUGUCAACUGGAACCGAUACUACACCCGCUGCCACACUGGACACAGAAACCCACACAAAGGAGCCAUCAACUUUGACAACAUCGGAUACGCCUGGAUCGUUAUAUUUCAGGUUAUUACUCUCGAGGGCUGGGUGGAAAUCAUGUAUUACGUCAUGGAUGCUCACUCAUUCUACAACUUCAUCUACUUUAUUCUGCUGAUUAUAGUCGGCUCAUUCUUCAUGAUAAACCUGUGUUUGGUCGUCAUAGCGACUCAGUUUUCAGAGACCAAACAGCGCGAGCAUCAGCUGAUGCAGGAGCAGCGAGCCACCCGUCUGUCCUCCAGCACGCUGGCCUCGCUGGUCGAACCCAGCGACUGCUACGAGGAGAUCUUCCAGCUCGUCUGCCACGUCCUCCGCAAGGGGCGCAGACGCACCUCUGCCUUCUUCAGGACACUCUGCUGCAAACCACCAGAGCAGGCACAAGAGAAAACAAACAUCAACGGGGGAGAGAAGAGCCUCCAACAACAUGAUGGAGCCGCACCUGACGCCUCAGCAGCCAAUCAGGAGACAGAGGGGGAGGCACCCAAUGAGACAGAGAGGUUCAAAAGGGCAGAGGGGGCGUGUUGGGGGCGGAGCCGAGAGCUGUGGAUGGAGAUGAGGGUCAAACUGCGGGGCAUCGUGGAGAGUAAAUACUUCAACAGAGGAAUCAUGGUGGCCAUCCUCAUCAACACCAUCAGCAUGGGCAUAGAGCACCAUGAGCAGCCGGAGGAGCUCACUAAUGUUCUGGAGAUCUGUAACAUCGUCUUCACCAGUAUGUUUGCUCUGGAGAUGAUCCUCAAGCUCACCGCAUUAGGCUUCUUUAGUUACCUGCGCAAUCCGUACAACAUCUUUGAUGGGAUCAUCGUGAUCAUCAGCGUGUGUGAGAUCGUGGGUCAGUCUGACGGCGGUCUCUCGGUGCUCCGCACCUUCCGCUUGCUGCGGGUCCUGAAGCUGGUUCGGUUCAUGCCUGCGCUGCGCAGACAGCUGGUGGUUCUGAUGAAGACCAUGGACAAUGUGGCCACAUUCUGCAUGCUGCUGAUGCUCUUCAUCUUCAUCUUCAGUAUUCUGGGAAUGCAUAUAUUUGGCUGUAAGUUCAGUCUGAAGACGGACACCGGAGACACGGUUCCAGACAGGAAGAACUUUGACUCUCUGCUGUGGGCAAUCGUCACUGUAUUUCAGAUCCUGACUCAGGAGGACUGGAACGGGGUCCUGUAUAACGGCAUGGCCUCCACGUCUCCUCUGGUCGCUCUGUACUUCGUGGCUCUGAUGACGUUCGGGAACUACGUGCUGUUUAACCUGCUGGUGGCCAUCCUGGUGGAGGGAUUUCAGGCUGAGGGGGAUGCCAAUCGCUCGUACUCUGAUGAUGAUGAAGGAUCCUCCUCUAAUGGAAGUGAACAGCACAAAAACUCGCUCACGUCCUCCGAUCCCAAGCUGUCAUCUCUCACUCCUAAUGGGCAUCUGGAUCUGGCGCCGCUGGCGGAGGAGAAUACCAGGAUCGAGUUCUCAGAGGAAAACCACCGGAGCAGAACCAUCUGCCUGGGCAGGAGAUCCUCGUCUCUGCACCACAGCCGCAGUUCCCAUUACCACCACUGGGGGCGUCCUCCCCCUCAGCCGUCCUGGAGCCGGCGGUGUAGCUGGAUCAGUGCGGGUCGCUCCGCCCGUGGCCUGAGGGCUGGAGGGGUCAUCGGGGGCAGCUUGCGGGUCCGUGGCGUUCACUCGCACCCCGCCGAACACGAGUCUCUCCUGCCACACCCGCCCUUCCUGUCGCGCCGACACCGCCGCGCUCUCUCACUCGAGCUGCCCGAGCCCCUGCAGCGCCCCCCGCUGGUCCGGAAGAAGAGCGUGUCCACAGAACACCAGGACUGUAAUGGGAAGGGCCCGGGCCCUCAGGGGCCCCUGCUGGGAGAGGUUUAUCCACAGCUCAACGCACGCAAAAACAAGAAGGACCUGGAAGAAGACACGGAAUAUAGCCUGUGUUUCCGCAUCCAGAAGAUGAUGGAGGUUUAUCGUCCGGACUGGUGCGAGAGGAGAGAGGAUUGGUCCAUUUACUUAUUCUCCCCUCAGAACAAGUUUCGUCUGCUGUGUCAGACGAUCAUCGCUCAUAAGCUCUUUGACUAUGUGGUUCUGGCUUUCAUCUUCCUCAACUGCAUCACAGUGGCUCUGGAGAGACCCAGAAUCCAUCAGGGCAGUCUGGAGCGGGUCUUCCUCACCAUCUCUAACUACGUUUUCACUGCCAUCUUUGUGGCCGAGAUGACCGUCAAGGUGGUUUCUAAGGGUCUGUAUCUGGGCGAUCGGGCAUAUCUGCGCAGCAGCUGGAACAUUCUGGACGGGUUUCUCGUCUUCGUGUCUCUGAUUGACAUUGUGGUGUCGAUGACGGGCGGAGCGAAGAUCCUGGGCGUCCUGCGGGUGCUCAGACUGCUGAGAACAUUACGCCCGCUCAGGGUGAUCAGUCGAGCUCCGGGUCUGAAGCUGGUGGUGGAGACUCUGAUCACGUCGCUGAAGCCCAUCGGAAACAUCGUCCUCAUCUGCUGUGCUUUCUUCAUCAUCUUCGGCAUCCUGGGAGUUCAGCUCUUCAAAGGGAAGUUCUAUUACUGUGUGGGUUUGGAUGUGAAGAACAUCACCAAUAAAUCCGACUGUCUGUCUGCCAAUUACCGCUGGGUUCAUCACAAGUACAACUUUGACAACCUGGGACAGGCUCUGAUGUCACUGUUUGUGUUGGCGUCUAAAGAUGGAUGGGUAAAUAUCAUGUACCACGGGCUGGACGCUGUCGGGAUCGACCAGCAGCCCGUCAUCAAUAACAACCCCUGGAUGCUGCUGUACUUCAUCUCCUUCCUGCUGAUCGUCAGUUUCUUCGUCUUGAACAUGUUUGUUGGUGUGGUGGUGGAGAACUUCCACAAGUGCCGUCAGCAUCAGGAGGUGGAGGAGGCGCGGCGGCGGGAGGAGAAGCGGCUGAAGCGCAUGGAGAAGAGGAGGCGCAAGGCCCAGCGGCUGCCGUAUUACUCCUCGUACGGUCGCGUUCGGCUGAUGAUUCACUCGUUCUGCACCAGUCAUUAUCUGGACCUCUUCAUCACCCUCAUCAUCUGCAUCAAUGUGGUCACCAUGAGCCUGGAGCACUACAACCAACCACAGUCGUUGGAGACAGCGCUGAAAUACUGCAACUACUUCUUCAGCUCCACGUUUGUGGUGGAGGCCAUGCUGAAGCUCAUCGCGUUCGGCUUCAGACGCUUCUUUAAAGACAGAUGGAAUCAGCUGGACCUGGCCAUCGUUCUGCUGUCUGUAAUGGGAAUCACUCUGGAGGAGAUUGAAAUAAAUGCUUCGCUCCCCAUCAAUCCCACAAUCAUCCGCAUCAUGAGGGUCCUGCGCAUCGCCCGUGUUCUGAAGCUGUUGAAGAUGGCCACAGGAAUGAGAGCGCUGCUCGAUACCGUGGUGCAGGCGUUACCGCAGGUGGGGAAUCUGGGUUUGCUCUUCGUUCUGUUGUUCUUCAUCUACGCCGCACUCGGAGUGGAGUUGUUUGGAGAACUGGUGUGUAAUGUUGAGUACCCGUGUGAAGGCAUGAGUCGUCACGCCACGUUUGAAAACUUCGGCAUGGCGUUCCUGACUCUCUUCCAGGUGUCUACAGGAGAUAACUGGAACGGCAUCAUGAAGGACACGCUGCGUGAGUGUCCGCCGGGUGACAGCUACUCCUGUAACUCCAGCCUGCAGAUCAUCUCGCCCAUGUACUUCGUCAGCUUCGUUCUGACGGCUCAGUUCGUCCUGAUUAACGUGGUGGUGGCCGUGCUGAUGAAGCACCUGGACGACUCCAAUAAAGAGGCGCAGGAGGACGCAGAGAUGGACGCGGAGAUCGAGAUGGAGCUGGCGCAGGGCGGCCUGUGCUGUCUGGGGCGUCCGGAGCGCCCGACCGGGGCUGAUGUGGGCGAGAGACCGGCGGGAGGCUGCGGAAACAGACAGGCGGCGAUGGCUGCGGUUCACACACACGCCAGCACCAGCCAGAGUGGACUGACACCGCACAGAAGCACACAGGACACGCAGAACCAGAGGAAACUCUACUCACCGGCACAGGAGAACCAGUGGCUGGAGAGCGUCUCUCUGCUGAUGAAGGAGUCGCUGGAUGGAGAAAUGCAGAUGAUUGAUAAUCUAUCAGGAUCUGUGUUCCACCAUUACUGCUCUCCAGCAAUCAGACGAGACGGCAGGAGCCAAUCAGGAGAGAUCCAGCUGGCGGAGGUCGAGCACACGUCUCUGAUGUCGGAGCUGAUGUCAGAUAAAUCCUCCUCCCCGGCGCUGACUGAUGACAUCAGCCUGGACGAGCACAGCGACUACCAGCUGCUGGACAGAGACUGUAAGGUGAAGCAGGGCAGCACUGACCUGAGCACAGACGUGGUUGUGUGCAGAAGCUUUCAUCCUCCGAGCGAGGCCUGCAGUCCCGGGCGAGACAGAGACGAUGUGCGGUGUGAGACGGGUCAUCAGCUCCAGUCUCCAGCUCACCGCGGAGAUGGCAGUGGAGGAGAAGGUCAGACGUCUUCACCUCUCUUUCAUCUCCCGGCUGAGUUCUUCCACCCCACCACCGCUGCGAUUCCACAGGGCAGUCCAGCCAUCGGAGCGGCCCAGCCGGGCUCCAGACACGCCUCUCCGGCCUCAUGGGCUUCUCUCAGGUCCCCAGGGGCCAACAGCAGGGUCAUGGGCUCUCAGACGUCCCACAGGAACUCCUCGCUGGCCACAGGCAGUUCGGUGAGCAGCCUGCAGACCAUGCUGGAGGAGGGCAUCUCUACGCUACCCCUGAUCUGCAGAACCCACAUUCCUCCUCCAGAACUCACCCAGAGACCUUGUACGCCACAGACUCUGUUCAACCUCCAGGCCACCAGGGGGCGCCAGAGGAAUCGGAGCAGAUACAGUGACUGCACAAAUCCUAACCGGAUCCGACAGGACCCCUCCGAUGAGGACACUGGAUCCGGGGUUAGGGCUGGAGGACCCGAUCAGGCUGGUAAUCCUGAACAGUUAUCGGAUAAUCGGAGUAGCUACUCUCUGACCUCUCUGCACCCACCGGAUUCGCUGGCGCCACUGCUGGCCAAGAAGUGCAAUAGCACUGGGAGUUUAGUACUGGGGAGCCUAGCGGUCCGGAAUAAAGAUGGAAGGUGCCUUUACGGAUUCGAUCCCUGGACUGAAGCAACAACUGAGGAAUCUGAGAGGGAUGCAUCCCCCGUUGGCACCAAGACGUGCAGCCAGACUCUGGGUUCUGGCUGCCGUAAGAACAGAUGAAAUGUGCGGUUCGGUCCAGGCAUGGGACACUGUGUGGUCUCUUCCAUGAACUCAUCUCCAUGUUUAUCUCGAGUGACACUAAUCUGUUUCCUGUUGUGCUACUGACCAGCUGAAGCUCACAGCCACAGCAACACAGUGUCUUUUCUUCUUCAGGGCAUUACACUGGACGCCUCGGAGGAGAUGCAGUAGUCACGGAGUAGCAUAGAAUAUUCUGGAACAUGAGGAACUUAGGAAACUCAUUAAUUCAUAGCAAAAACAGACUUAACAAGUGUGUAGCGAUCUUUAUGUGAAGCUGGGCGUGAAGCAUGUGAUGCGUUCAAUGCAGAAAGGUGCUGUACGAUGCUGCGUUCAUGUCAUGUUGAAAUUAUUGCCAUUUUGAGUGCUGUGGUUGAGAAAACCAUUUUCUCCUAAAAGCAUCUGAUCUUCCUUGGAAUGAGACACUGUGGAGGAUAAGAAAAUUAUUGGCAAAUUGUUUAAAGCACAAACUAAAUUUAAGUUGUACUGAUUUUUUCCCCAAGGAUGUUUCAUUGCUUGUACUGGGAAACGAGUCAAAAUGCUGAACAAGAUGAGAAGUGCAUCUGAAAUCUGAUAGCGUUUAAAUACUACAUUUGAUGAGGAAUAUCUACUUUCUUUAUGUUCUUACAUCAUUGUCUGUAGUAUGAAUGCAGUCUGGAUGUACUUUACCUAAUGUUGUCAUCAGGUGCGUCAUUCAAAUCUACUCAAACAACUAUGGGAUUGUAAGCUGUCCACUAGUAGUUGGUCAGGUACUUUUUGCCUACUGUUUUAUGAAUUUGAACAUACUAAUCAGAUGCUGUUUUAUAGUAGGGAAAUAGGCAUAUUCUGAUACACCGGAUGGAUGUUUUUGCAGGGAACUGGCAAAUAAUGAAAGCUCUGAUAUUUGUGUAAAAACCAAAAUAAUUUGUUGAAUUCAGAGUGCUGCAGCUGUGACGUCAAAACCCAGAUGGUUAAUUCGCCUCUGGUUCUCUAUUGAUAUUUCCUCUAAUGCAGGACAUUUACAUUUACAUUUAAUCAUUUAGCAGACGCUUUUAUCCAAAGUGACUUACAAAUGAGAACAAUAGAAGCAAUCAGACCAGCAAGAGAACAACAACAGUAUACAAGUGCCA